GAAAGCUCAAAAUCAAAACACUCAUAAUAAACAGCUUCUUCUACAUAGCUUUUAUCUAUUCUCAUUUUUUUGUUGAAUAAACCCAAGGCCUCUUUUCGAUCUUCUCGAUGCUCUUUUCUCCUUAAAAAAUACUACUAAAUCUUCUCUUCUCAUCGAUUCCUCAGAUCUCUUCUGCUUGAAUCUGGAGCUCUCAUUCUCGUAACUGGAGAAUGGCUUCAACUUCACAUCCUCCCGUGGCAUUCAGUGGAAGUUUGGCUUCUAAAACUUCAGCUUCAGACCUUCUUCGUAGCUCAAGAAAUGGUGUUUGUGGUGUGCCAUUGAAAGCCUUAGGGAGAGCACGAUUGGGUUCUAAGAAGAGAGAUUUUACAAUCUCUGCAAAGGUUAGAAAGGUAAAGAAGCAUGAGUACCCCUGGCCAGAGGAUCCUGACCUUAAUGUCAAGGGUGGAGUCCUCAGUCACUUAUCACCUUUCAAGCCAUUGAAAGAAAGACAAAAGCCGGUGACAUUGGAUUUUGAGAAACCUCUUAUGGAUCUGCAGAAAAAAAUCAUUGAUGUUCAAAAGAUGGCAAAUGAAACUGGGUUGGAUUUCAGUGAUCAAAUUAUCUCACUUGAGAACAAAUACCAACAGGCUCUAAAAGAUCUAUACACACAUCUGACUCCUAUACAAAGAGUGAAUAUUGCAAGGCAUCCUAACAGGCCAACUUUCCUUGAUCAUAUCUUUAAUAUUACUGAGAAGUUUGUGGAGCUUCAUGGUGACAGAGCGGGGUAUGACGAUCCUGCCAUUGUCACUGGAAUUGGCACAAUAAAUGGUAGAAGCUAUAUGUUCAUGGGUCAUCAAAAAGGACGAAACACAAAGGAGAACAUACAACGUAACUUUGGGAUGCCUACUCCCCAUGGUUAUAGGAAGGCUCUGCGGAUGAUGUACUAUGCUGAUCAUCACGGAUUCCCGAUCAUCACUUUCAUUGACACACCAGGGGCAUAUGCUGAUCUCAAAUCAGAGGAACUAGGCCAAGGAGAAGCCAUAGCUCAUAACUUGAGGACUAUGUUUGGUUUGAAAGUACCAAUUAUUUCUAUUGUUAUGGGAGAAGGGGGUUCUGGUGGAGCUCUGGCUAUUGGUUGUGCUAAUAAAUUGUUGAUGCUUGAAAAUGCCGUCUUCUAUGUUGCCAGCCCAGAAGCAUGUGCAGCAAUUUUAUGGAAGACCGCAAAAGCUUCUCCCAAGGCAGCUGAGAAACUCAAGAUAACUGCUCAAGAGCUGUCCAGACUUCAAAUUGCCGAUGGUUCCAUCCCUGAGCCUCUUGGUGGUGCACAUGCUGAUCCGUAUUGGACUUCACAGCAGAUAAAAAUUGCAAUUGAAGAAUCAAUGGAUGAACUUACGAAAAUGGACACCCAAGAGUUGUUAAGGCACAGGAUGCUUAAGUUCCGAAAACUUGGUGGCUUCCAGGAGGGAGUUCCCAUUGACCCAAAAAGGAAGGUCAACAUGAAAAAGAAAGAAGAACCUCUUCUUCCACCUGGAAUUCCGGAUGUGGAGUUAUUGGAUGAGGUUGAAAAAUUGAAGCAAGAGAUCCAGAAAGCAAAGGAAUCAACUGGGAAGAUUCCAGACACAGGCCUGAAUGAGAUGAUAGAAAAAUUAAGAAGAGAAAUUGAUUUUGAAUUUUCUGAGGCUGCUAAAGCUUUAGGUUUGGAGGAAAAACUUGUCAUGGCACGAGAAGAAUUUGCAAAAACAAGGAACUCAAAUGACCAGGCAAUGCAUCCUGUUCUGAAGGAAAAGCUUGACCAGAUUAAGGACGAAUUCAACAGAAACAUUUCUGCUGCUCCAAAUCAUGCUAGCCUAACGAAUAAGCUUGAGAUGUUGCAAGAAAUGUCUAAAGCCCAGAAACUCUCAGAGAAAAAUAGCAAGGUAAACAAAUUGAAGGAGGAGAUCAAUAAGAGGUUAAAAGAAGUCAUGAACCGCCCAGAUUUGAAGGAGAAGAUGGAUGCAUUGAAGGCUGAAAUCAAGAGUACCGGUGUAUCGAGAGUUAUGGAUCUAGACCAGGGGAUAAAGGAGAAACUUGUGCAACUGAAGGAUGAAAUGGAUACGGAAUUUUCUGGUGUUUUCGAAUCUCUAGGCUUGAACGUCAACCCAGCAUUACUUCCUGAUGCCAAGAGAAGAAUUGAUGAAUUUAACAAUGAAAUUACAACGGUUAUGGAAGACCUCGUGAACUCCACAGAUUUGAAAAACAAGAUUGAAUUGUUAAAGAUGGAGGUAGCGAAGGCUGGAAAGACAGCAGAUGCUGAGUCAAAGGCAAAAAUUCAGGCCUUAGAACAGCAAAUAAAGCAAAGUCUUGCACAGGCUAUGAGUUUUCCAGAGUUAAAGCAGAAACACGAGAAGCUGAAGGAAGAGGUUGUGGAAACCGUUGAAUCCCUUGAAGGAUCCAAUGGAAGUUUGCUAGCAGAUAACGGUGGUGCCAAUUCAGGAGUAGGAGUAAAUGUAGAUGCAAACCGUAGCUUUGCCUGAUUUCAACCAUGAUGCAGGUUAGCUACUAGCUUUUGCAAAUGAUAAAUCUGUGAAACUACUCCAGCACGCAGACGAUGGAGCCUUUUUCUUCGCGGUGCACUCAAUUUGCAAUUCCUUUCUCAGACUAGGCUCUGCUACAAUUUUUCUGGGUUUUGUUUUGUGUUUCUUUAGAAUAAUUAACAUUUGUUUUAAGAGUUUUAAGUUAGAGUGAACUGUUACUUUAAUGAAACAUUGUUUAGCAGCGAAAUACUGUAUAAAUUAUGUGUCUGAAGAGAAGGUUUAGAACAUGCUGCAACAUACCUACUGCUUGAGUUCUCAUAAAUGUUAUCUUUGAUAUACUACAUUUCUUUUUU